AUGGCCAGGCAGGUGGUGUUCGCCCUCCUGCUGCUGGCCGGGACUGUCCUCCCCGGAGGGUCCACGGUCGUCAACAGCUGCAGCAGCACAGCGGAGCAGCUCUGCGACUUCGUCUGCAACUGCAGCGACUGCUCCGACGAGAACCAGUGUGGGUACCUGUGGAGCUCGGCGGUGCUGGGCACCCCCUUCACCUGUGAUUUCGAGGAAGGCGAUUGUGGCUGGCAGGACGUGAGCACCUCAACUUACAGAUGGGUGCGGGGCCAGGCCAACCUGGCCACAUGGAGCAUGGGGCCUUACUCAGACCACACCAUGGGCACCAACCUGGGGUGGUUCAUGGUGACUGUGUCCCCACCGGCAAAGACCACGGCCGUGGCCUGGCUCAGGUCACCAGUGAUGCAGGAAGCAGCUGCCACGUGUGAGAUCAGCGCCUGGUUCCACCUCUCAGGAAGCGCGCUCAACCAGACAGAGCAGCCGGUGCUGCGCCUGGCCAUGAUGUACAGGGACGAGGUGGUGGGGCUGUGGCAGAGCCCCGAGCGCAGAGGCGAAGGCUGGCACCAGCUGGUCGCCUACCCGGGCCGGGUUGCAGAGCAGUUCCAGCUCAUCUUCUCCCUGACACAACCGCCGGCAUGUGGCGCAGAGCUGGUGCUUGACGACAUCAUCUUCAGGAACUGCGGCUUGCAGGAGCCCAGGCAGCAGGACUGUGGGGAGGAGGAGGGCAGCUGCAGUCGGGGCUCCUGCCUGGCAAAGCACCGCUUCUGUGAUGGCACCGACGACUGUGGGGAUGGCUCGGACGAGAGCACAACACGGUGUGAGAACUUUAAACGUUGCUCCUUUGAGAAAGAUCUCUGCUUCUGGGAGGUGGAGGAUGGGCAGCCGAAGUGGGAGAGGAACACAAGCCUGAGCCUGGGGACCAUGUACAGCAUCCCCACCCGGGACCACAGCCUUAACAGCAGGACAGGGUUUUUCCUCCACGUGGGCAACACUUCAGCCACGGGGGCCAGUGGCACGGCCUGGCUCAGCAGUCCCACUUUCCAGGCCACCAACUCCUGCUCCCUCGUGCUGUACUGCCACCUCCACGGCUCGGCCACCAGCAGCCUCAGCAUCUCCUACGUGAUCAACUCCACCAAGUACCUGGUGAGGGAGAGGAUGGGGGACCUGGGAAGCUCCUGGGUCCGGGAGAGAGUGGACUUCAAUGUGACCAAGAAGUUCAAGGUGCUGAUUGAGGGGGUGGCUGGUGGCACGGGGACCAUUGCCAUCGAUGACCUGAUCCUGUCUCCGGGCUGCGUGGAGGACAAGACUUCGGUGACACUGCCAAGCCGGCCACAUGCCAGCCCCUGCAAGGCUGAGGAGGUGGCCUGUGACAGCGGAGGCUGCAUCAGCGCAGAGCUGGCCUGUGACUUCGCUGAGAGCUGUGCCGACAGCUCCGACGAGAAGCGCUGUGGAGCAACAACCUUCGAGGCGGGGGCCGGGGGCUGGCAUGAUGUCAGCGUAGGGCAGCUGCGCUGGGGCAUCACCAACACCACCUCCACCACCACCAACACCGUCCUCACAGGGGCUUUCCUGGCCCUCCAGGCAGGAGAAGGACAAGUGAAGGCUGCUGCCAAGGCACGCACGCCUCUGCUGGGCCCCUCCGGCCCCGCCUGUGCCAUGGAGAUGAGCUACCGCAUCCACAGCGGCCCCCAAGGCUUCCUUGCUGUCAGCAUCGCAGAUCACACCACUGGCACCACCCACCUGGCCUGGUACAUACAGGGACACGGUGACACGGCUGAGAAACACAUCAGCAUCCCACUGGGGCAGAGGACACGGCCCUUCCAGGUCGAGCUGCUGGGGCUGGUGGAUCUGCAGGACUUGGCCAGCGCCGCCAUCGACAAUGUGACGUUUGUGCAGUGCCACCCCAGCAUGAUGCCACCAGGGGCCACGGAGCUGUCCUGCAACUUUGAGAGGGGCAUGUGUGGCUGGUACCAGGAUCAGUCCAGUGACUUCAAAUGGGUGCACGUCACGGGGCAGAGGCAGGGCUCCGACCACACCACAGGCUCAGGAUACUUCUUGGCUGCGGAUCCCUCUGCGCCGUGGAGCCGUGGGCAGCGGGCGCAGAUCAUCACUUACCACCAAGAGCCUGCUACUGCCCUGCGCUGCCUCUCCUUCUGGUACCGCCUGGCCGGCCCACAGAUCGGCACCCUGAACCUCAAGAUGCAGCUGGAGGGAGGGGAGGAGACGGUGAUUUGGACCCAGCGGGGGACCCAGGGCAGCAUUUGGCACCAGGGACAGGUGACACUGCCCACCACGGGCCAGCGACAGUACCGGUUGUCCUUCGAGGCCCUGCGGAACGCGUUCCUGGGGGAUGUGGCACUAGAUGACCUGGCACUGAGAGCGGGACCUUGCGGGGCUGAGCUCUCCUGCUCCUUUGAGGCAGAUGCCUGCGGGCUGGCAGCCAGUGAGCAGCAUACCUGGCUGCGACAGAGCAACAGCACUGGCACCACCCGCGGCCCCUCAGCCGACCACACCACUGGCACCGCCACAGGCCACUACAUGGUGGUGAGCACGGGCAGGGUCUCCCUGCCAGCGGGGCACACGGCCGUCCUCACCUCCCAGCCCUACCAGCCCUCCACACCCACCCAGUGCCUGGCCUUCUGGUACCAGCUGAGCACUGGGACCCCAGGAUCUCUUGGCGUCUUUGUGGAGGAGAGCGGGGUGCGGAGGAAGGUGAUGAGUGUGAGCGCGAUGGAGGGGGACGCCUGGCACCUCGGCCACGUCACUGUCCGGCCAGAUGGGGACUGGCAGGCCGUAUUCGAGGCGGUGGGAGCUGGGGGCAGCCAUGGAUACAUCGCACUGGAUGACCUGCAUGUGUUGGACGGAGCCUGCCCCGAGCCAGCAUCCUGUGACUUCGAGCGGGACAUGUGCGGCUGGAGCAGCCCCUCGGAUCCCCGCCUGCACAGCUUCGCCUGGGGCUGGAAGAGUGGGGUCCCCCUUGCCAAGUACCCUGGCCCUGAGCAGGAUCACACCCUGGGCACAAGGGACGGUCACUACAUGCACUUUGACACCAGCGUGCUGGGCCUGGGGGGCACCACUGCCCAGCUGGAGAGCCAGCACCUGCCUGCUGCUGCUGACUCCUGCCUGCAGUUCUGGUACCACAUGGACAUCCCGGAGCACCUCUCCCGUGGGGAGCUGCGGGUGAGGCUGCAGAGUGUGGCGGGGCAGCGCACAGUGUGGAGCAUGGCGGGGCACCGGAGCCAGGGCUGGCAGCAUGGCGUGGUGCCUGUGCAGAGCCCCAGUGAGUUCCAGAUCAUCUUUGAGAUCACCACGCGGAGGUGGCCAAUGGUGGGGACCGUGGCACUGGACGACAUCGUGUACAGCAGCAGGGGGGGCUGCCAUUCCAGCCUGGAGGUGCCAGUGGAAGAGAAAUCCUCUGGCAGCUUUGUGGCAGAGGUGGUGCUCGGUCUUCUCCUGGCCAUCAUCAUCGUGGCGCUGGUGGCUGCCGGAGGCUGGUACUGGCUGAAGCCGCGAGGGCCAGCAAGCAGGACAUCAGCGGAGAGCAAUGCUCCCCAGGGCUUUGACAACAUCACUUUUCGAGAUGUAAGGACAGGGGGGAAGGGCUCUCCUGCUCCUCCAACCACACCAAAACAGCAUUUUCUUAAAAGCUCAGCAAAUCCCAUCAGGCUCCCCCUGAGCCCACACUCUGCCAACACGUAAGGAAGGUACAAAGGGCUCUGCCUCUUAUCUGCUUGCCUGCGAACAAGUGACCUCGAGCUGUAGGACUGACCCCGAAGUGCUGCUGCUGCCACCAGGCAGUUGCUCCAGAAAGAGCUGAGGCUGCGAUCCUCCUCCCCAGAGCCCUGCAGGGAACAGGUCAUGCAAACAUUGCUCAUUCUCUUCAAGACAGCAACUUAAAACUGUGAGAAGCAGUUAAAGCUACAGUUUCCUUUGAUGGUUUUGGUGCCACAUAACCCCCAGCAGAGCCACCGCC